GUCCAUCGCCGCAGCCACCGAGCCCCUCCAUGCCCACCCAUGCGACUAUGCGUCCGGACCGCGAGCAGCCUCCUGCAAGGCUGGCGGGCGCAGGCGCGUCGCCCGCUCGUCCACGGCGUCCCGCGCCCACGCCCGUCACUCGCCCAUGUCCUUGAGCUCCCCUUCGCCGCCCGGGGCUACGCGCAGGCCUUCCGCGCGCAGACCGAGCUCGAGAAGCGCAUUGCCGCCAUCCCCAUCGAGCGCUACCGCAACUUCUGCAUCGUUGCCCACGUCGACCAUGGCAAGAGCACGCUCUCGGACCGGCUGCUGGAGCUCACGGGCACCAUCCAGCCCGGCGGCAACAAGCAGAUCCUCGACCGCCUGGACGUCGAGCGCGAGCGCGGCAUCACCGUCAAGGCGCAAACGUGUACGAUGCUCUAUAACCACGGCGGCGACGACUACCUGCUGCACCUCGUCGACACCCCCGGCCACGUCGACUUCCGUGCCGAAGUCUCGCGCAGUUACGCCUCGUGCGGCGGUGCGCUGCUGCUGGUCGAUGCCAGCCAGGGCGUGCAGGCCCAGACGGUCGCCAACUUCUUCCUGGCCUUCUCGCAGGGCCUGACGCUGGUGCCUGUGCUGAACAAGGUCGACCUGCCACACGCCGACUCGCCACGCGUGCUCGAGCAGAUGCAGGAGACGUUCGAGCUGGAUCCCGCCGACGCCGUGCUGGUGUCUGCGAAGACGGGCCUUAACGUCGCUGCCCUGUUGCCCACCGUCAUCGAAAAGAUACCCGCCCCUGUCGGCGAUCUGAGCAAGCCGCUGCGCCUGCUGCUGGUCGACUCGUGGUACGACGUCUACAAGGGCGUCAUCCUGCUUGUACGUGUCUUCGACGGCGAGGUGCGCCCUGGCGACACGGUACGCUCGUUUGCCACCGGUCUGAAGUACAUCGUUGGUGAGGUCGGCAUCAUGUACCCGGACCAGACGCCGCAGACCGUCCUGAAGGCCGGCCAGGUCGGCUACAUCCACUUCAACCCGGGCAUGAAGCGCUCACAGGAAGCCAAAGUCGGCGACACCUACACCACCGUUGGCUCCGAGAAGCUGGUCGAGCCCUACCCCGGCUUCGAGGAGCCCAAGUCCAUGGUCUUCGUCGCCGCCUUCCCUACUGAUCAAGACAAUCACGAGCAUCUUGAGGACUCGAUCAACCAGAUCAUUCUCAACGACCGCUCCGUCACCCUGCAGAAGGAGUCAUCUGACGCUCUCGGCGCAGGCUGGCGUCUGGGCUUCCUCGGCACCCUGCACUGCUCCGUUUUCGAAGACCGCCUGCGCCAGGAGCACGGCGCCAACAUCAUCAUCACGCCACCCUCCGUCCCCUUCAAAGUUAUGUGGCGCGAUGGCACGGAAAGCAUAAUCACAAACCCCAACGACUUCCCCGAUGCCGACGAAUUCCACUUCAAAGUGCAAGAAGUCCACGAGCCCUACGUCCUGGCCACCAUCACGCUCCCGCAGGAAUACCUCGGCGACGUCAUCAAAUUGUGCGAGUCCAACCGCGGCAUCCAGAAAGAACUCACCUUCUUCACCGCCACCCAAGUGAUCCUCAAAUACGACCUCCCCCUGUCCCACCUCGUCGACGACUUCUUCGGAAAACUCAAAGGCAGCACGAAAGGCUACGCUUCCCUCGAUUACGAAGACGCCGGCUUCCACCGCUCCUCCAUCACCAAGCUCAACCUGCUCGUCAACUCUCAGCCCGUCGACGCCGUCUCCCGCGUCCUGCACACCAGCCAGGUGGACCGCGUGGGCCGCAACUGGGUCGAGAAAUUCAAGACCCACGUCGAGCGGCAGAUGUUUGAGGUGGUGAUCCAGGCCGCCGCAGGCAGACGUAUUGUGGCUCGCGCGACCAUCAAGCCCUUCCGCAAGGACGUGUUGGCGAAGCUGCACGCGAGUGAUUUGUCACGCAGGAGGAAGUUGCUCGAGAAGCAGAAGGAGGGCCGCAAGAAGCUCAGGGCGGUCGGGAAUGUGGUUGUCGAGCAGGAGGCGUUCCAGAAGUUUUUGGCCAAGUGAGUGGGCGGAGACGAUAGGUGUAUAUAUGUAUAACAUGGUUGUAGUGUAUAGAUGAAUGAAUCAGCAAAGCCUGGUCCUUUUA